AUGGCGCGUCAUACCAAGACUAUCGUGCAGUCUGCUAUCCUCAAGUCCGCCGCGAACCUCACCGCGCAGCUCUUCCGCUACUCAACCAACCCCACAGCCCAGCCGCUGGACUGGCAGCCUGUCGUUGAAUUCGCUAUCUUCGGCCUCAUCCAGGCCCAAGUGAACUGCCAUUGGCAGGAGUUCUUAGAAGAUGUAUUUCCGUCGUACUCGGCCGCAGACAAGACCACUGCGCCUAAGAAGACCAUCCAGUGGCGGAACAUUGUCUACAAGGUUCUUCUGGAUCAGACAAUCGGACUCUUCUUAAUGAAUACGAUCUUUUUGGUUUGCACCAAUUUCACCCGAUUCAGGAGUGCGUCUCCCCUGGUAGCCGAAGUCAACCGGAAGAUCUGGCCCCUGAUCGUCAACGCUUGGAAGGUCUGGCCUGCUUGUUCUCUGUGCAAUUUCCUUUGGGUUCCUGUGGAGUCCCGCGUCCUUGUCGCCUCGUGUGUGGGAUUCGGGUGGAACAUCUUUCUCGCUUUCUUUGCGAUGGUCAAAUAG